GAGGCGUGGCCAUAGCGUUCGCGGUUCGCGGAAAGGCGGUGACGUCGUCGAGGCCGCGAGUCUUUUUCUUAAUUAGUUUGGCUUAAUUAAUGAAUUGCUCGCACAAUCUUUCGGUUUAUAUUCGUGUAAGAGGACGGGUUUUUUUUCUUUGUCCUGGUUAAAUCGCCUUCCUCGGGGCUGCCGCCGCGAGACGCUUCUUGUGGGACGCGCACUCUUUAACAACCCACCGCUCACUCAUUAACUCGCGGUCGUGCGCGUGGCGGACGGACGCACAGCGGCUCGCCGGCUGUUUUUAAUUUGAUGGUAUUUUAUCAUCGUUUUAAUUUACACACGUGUUGUUGUUAUUGUUUUAACUCGACAAGUGAUACGCGUUGCUUUGCUCUUGGUGCGCAAGUCAAAGAAAAUCCCUGAAGAUUGCGUACAGAAAGCAACGGAAAAUGGCAAUAUUUUCAUAUGCGGAUGUUGGGACCGGUAUUUUUAGCCACUUGUGGGUUUGAAAUAAGUUGGUAAAGAGGAUUUUUAGUUUUGAACGUCAUGGCCGUGUCAUUUUCUACUGCUGCUCUGUACGGAUCCCUGGCCCUUUUCCAGGCCAUCCUGCAAAAUGUGUUCCUCUUGUACUACGUGGAAAUGUUUGUGUCCGUCUACAAGAUUGACAAGCUUUCUUUCUGGGUUGGCGAGACGAUAUUCCUGGUGUGGAACAGCAUAAAUGAUCCUCUGUUUGGCUGGAUUAGUGACAGAAAACUCCUCACUUCCCAAGAGUGGAGUAGCAGCAGCAGCAGCUCCUCUGGAGGCCUCUCAUCCCCUUCGGUGGUGUUAGGACGACUGCAUCUGCUCAGCCAGACGGGCCCUCUGCUCGCGUUGUCCUUUCUCACAUUUUGGGUAGCAUGGGCGCCGGCAGGCCUCCAGUUUGUCCUGUGCCUCUGCCUAUAUGAUGGGUUUUUGACUGCGGUAGGCUUGCAGCACUCUGCCCUGCUGGCCGACCUGGCUGUUUCGGCCAACGACCGCGCUCGGCUCAACACCCACAGCUCGGCAUUUGCCGCCUUGGGCUCAGCCUCUGUGUUUGCGUCGUACGUGGCCUGGAGCCGAGAGAACAUGGUGCCAUUCCGCUGGUACUGCGUCGCGCUUGCACUUGUUUCUGCCCUGGGCUUUGCCGUGUGCUCACGCCUCCUCCGCAACUCCUACGUGGCCAGUGGGAAGAGGAAGCACGAGGAUGCCGAGCUGAUGGACAAACUGUACAUGGAGAAGCAAGAGGGCAAGGCAGAUGAACCACGACUCUCUUUGCGGGAUUAUGUACGUCAGCUGUCACGACAUCGCAAUCUGCGCUGGUUUGUUCUCAUGAACCUUGUUCAGGUGUUUCACUGCCACUUCAACAGCAACUUUUUCCCCUUGUUUCUGGAGCACCUUUUGGCAGACCGCAUCUCCCUCUCCACUGGCUCUCUCCUAUUGGGAAUUUCGUACAUCGCGCCACACCUGAACAAUCUUUACUUCCUGUCGCUGUGCAAGAAGCACGGUGUUUACAAGGUGGUCAUGGGGCUCUUCUACCUGAAGUUGGUGCUCAGCCUGGUCAUGCUGAUGGCUGGACCUGAUCAUAGUACAUUGCUAUGCUUCUUUAUUGCUAGCAACCGUGUGUUCACGGAAGGAACAUGCCGGCUCCUGUCGAUGGUCAUAAGUGACUUGGUGGACGAGGAUUUCGUUCUCAACGAGCGCCGGCAAGCUGCUUCUGCCUUGCUGUUUGGCAUGGUGGCUCUGGUGACCAAGCCUGGGCAGACGUUUGCUCCACUUAUUGGCACAUGGAUGCUCGCUUCCUUCACAGGCUUUGACAUCUUCCAAAGCAGCUCCUUACUGGCCGUAGUGACAUCAUCUGCACCUGGGCAGCCCCUGCCACCCAUACAAAGCCCCACUGUAUCUGGGGAGGCUUUGCGCCAGGGAUGCUUCGUGUUGCUGGUGUGUGUGCCUGUGGUGUGUGGCAUUGUGCAGAUCCUCUUCUGGUAUCAGUUUAGACUACAUGGGAAGGUGCUGCACAGGGUCAAGGAACGCAGGGUCAAUUCGUCAUGGAUGGGUGGGGUAAAGUCUGUAUGAGCAAGGACCAACUUUGUUUCUGUACAUUUAUACAAUAUUUUUUAAAAUUCCAAGUGGAGAUUACAGUAACACUACAUAGCCAGUGCCAAUUAACUGAUCAUAGGAUGCCAAUUUGGGCUACUGUAGCAGCUACCUCAAAACAAUGAUUUUAAACUUGGGUCGAGCUUAAAACUGGAAAAAUGUAUAUUGACAAUUUUAAAGCCCAUAAAAGUUGCAAUGCCUAAUCCAAAGUAACUUUUCAGACAAGAUUUUUCUGCGGAGGACAUGGGUAAAGAGGUUAACUUAAUGGAUAUGGGUUGAAUUAAACUUUUCUGCAAUUUGACCUGUACUCUGCAAACAUACAAAAGUGUUAAUUCAGUUAUAAAAUCAAACUUUAAAUGCAGUUUUAAA